AUGAUCAGUGCAGUGUUGAUAUAUACUCCUCGUGGAGAGCUUGUUGUUUCAAAAUUUUACAAAGGUUCGAUUAAGAGAUCAAUUGCUGAUAUUUUUAGGAUCCAAAUAAUCAACAGUCUCGAUGUAAGAUCACCUAUUCUAACAUUGGGGUCCACCACAUUUCAUUACAUUCGCUCCGCCAAUAAUAUGUGGUUAGUGACAGUCAACAGAAAUAAUACCAAUUCUGCUAAGAUAUGGGAGUUCUUAUACAGUUUGAACUCUAUUUUGGCAAUGUAUGCUAUAGAUAAUAGCGAAUCCAUAAAGGAACAAUUCAUGCUUGCUUAUGAGGCCCUAUCGAUCAUGUUACUGGAAACUGGUGUUAUUGUAGAUACUGAGUUAACCUCGGUUGUGAAACAAAUGUCACAGAAACCAGUUAGGCCUGAAUUGAUUGCAGAAGAGAGCACAUCAUCACGCAAAACUAAUAGUAGUAAUCAUAGCAAUAGCGGAUCUAAAGUUUUCCCAAAUUUUUUAAAACCUAAUGCUGUAAAUAAUGUUACAAGAACACUAUCUACCAGUGUAUCUCCAAAAAAAAGGAAUAAGAAUGAAGUGGUUUUAUAUGUUAAUGAAAAAAUCAACAUUUUGGUAGCAAAGGACGGCUCUAUAUUAAAAUCUUAUGUUGAUGGAUCUAUUGACCUGACAAGUCAUCUACAGGGACGACCAAUCUGUCAAUUUGGAAUAAACGAUUCAAUGGCAAGAAGAGCAAUGCCUCGUGGUGCAGAAACUACACAGUCUAUACCGACAUCAGCAGCCACUAGUGUAGAACUGGAGAAUUGUAAAUUCCAUCAAUGUGUCGAUCUUGAUAAAUUCGAGCAAGAACAUACAGUAAACUUUACGCCACCAGAAGGUUCAUUAGAGUUGAUGAAGUAUCACGUGUCUAAGGAUCUCAACCUACCAUUUAAGAUUAGUCCCACUGUCACAAUUAUGACGUCUCCAAGAGGUGGUCUAAAUUCUUGCGGUGUCGACUUUAGAAUUAAUCUCAAAUCAUUGUUUCCUUCAAAGUUGUCAGCUACAGACGUGGAAUUGAAAGUACCUGUACCACCAGGGACAAUAGAUUGCGAGAUUAAUGUUACAAAUGGUUCAUGCAAAUUCAUUCCCGAAGAUAACGUCAUGCUAUGGAAGUUUAAUAAAUUCCAAGGUCUUACAGAGAACAUGUUGAGCGCAUUUACCGUAUGCUCAAAUGAUACUACCGAACUCUCUUUACAACAGUGGUCUAGACCACCUAUUUCUCUAGAAUUCGAGUUGUUGAUGUUUAGUAAUUCCGGUCUUGUAAUCCAUUUCUUCAAUGUUCUACCUUCAAGAGAUUCCACGGUAUCGACUCGUACAAUCAAAUGGAUUAAAUAUAUUUCCAAAUCAGGAGCAUAUGAGGUCAGAUAUUGA